AACAUCUCAGCGCGCGUCCACUCCUCUUCCUGCACCACUCCUCCACCACGGCCGCGUCCCACCUCGCCCCGCGUCAGAAUGGCUAACCGCAACACAUCGCCAUCUUCGACCGUGUCCGUCCACUCCAAUAUUACCGUGCACACCGAGAAGCACCCCGACUUCCGUGCUUCAUCGAGCGCGUCACCCCCGACUUCCACGCCACCCACCAGCCUGGGCGAUGACACGAGCGUCAUGUCCGAGCUGCCGCCCAAGAUUGAACAGGUGGUCGAGCAACAACAGGAUGAAGUCCACAUACCCCCUCCGUCCAAGAUUGCCAGUGUUAUAACGCAAUCAACCGAAUCCGCUCCAAGCACCCCGAACAACAACAACAGUGGGCGCGGACGACCGACACGCAGCUCGCGUUCCUCCGUCGUCACAUACAACGUACAGAUCUUGGCUGGCACUGCAAUUCACACGCCUACAAAAUACUUGGAAACCCACCACGGCAAUGUGCUGCACGGCCCUAUCGAUGCGGUCGUGAAAGCAAACCCCUCCCCCUCUCCCAAGAAGAGGCGCACCCCCGGAUCUAGGCGCAACUCUACCGACACAAACGAUCCCGCGGAGCAACAGCUUGCUGCAGAAACUGCACAGGCUGCUCAGCGUCGCUCAUCACGUGCCACUGACUUGCGCCGGGAGGCGUUGCGGAAUCUGUCUGGCGCCGGCGAGCUGGUUGCAAACGCCAUUACGGGUGGAAAGCAACUUGUGCAGAAGACACUGAAGCGUAGCGCAUCAGACUCUCGCCUGCGUUCGUCUACUCAAACCGCCCCCCCAGCCUCGGCGAAGCGGCCACGUACUGCACGCGAUGCUGAGCCGAAUGACGUGAGCAACAAAAAUGGGGGAUCGGGGGAUGCGGAAAAGGAAGUUGUGAAGCCCAAAUCUAAGCAAUGGCUAUCGCAAGGUCUAUUCGUAGGCCAGACUCGCGGUUUCGAUGCUCGCCUGUCAGGAAGCCAGAAUCGUGCACGGUUAAAGUCGCGGAAACCGAAAGAGAACAACACGCUGCCACUGCCCAUGUUCACUGCAGGAGACUCGUUGGACUCAAACCCCAAAAUCUCCUAUCGCGACUUCAAGCUACCUUUCGAUGUUUACAAUCCCCUGCUUCGAAAAGUCAAGGUAGACGGGUGGACCAAAAUCAGCAAAAAUCGUUUCAUUGGUGAGGCUUCUGCGCUGUGGAAGCGUGAAAAACAAGACUCAUCGCAAUGUUACUGUGAAGUGGAAGACGGGUGCGGGGAAGCCUGCCACAAUCGCAUCAUGGCGUACGAAUGCGAUGCGUCCAACUGCCGCCUCACAGAGGAUCAGUGCACCAAUCGACCUUUUGCAGAUCUCAAGAAGCGCUCAAAAAGCAACGGGUAUGAUUAUGGUGUUGAAGUGAUGCAGACUGAAGACAAAGGCUAUGGAGUGCGCGCUAUGAGAUCUUUCAAUCCUCACCAAAUAAUCGUAGAGUACGCCGGUGAGAUCAUUACCCAAGACGAAUGCGAACGACGCAUGAAGCAGGUGUACAAGAAGGAUAAGUGCUAUUAUUUAAUGAGCUUCGACAACAAGAUGAUCAUCGAUGCUACUCGAGGAACGAUUGCACGCUUCGUCAACCAUUCCUGCGAGCCAAACUGCGAAAUGAUCAAAUGGACAGUAGGUGGCGAGCCUCGCAUGGCAUUGUUCGCGGGUCGUCGUGGAAUCAUGUCUGGCGAAGAGCUCACUUAUGACUACAACUUUGAUCCUUUUUCUAGCAAGAACAUUCAAGAGUGUCACUGCGGAACUCCUUCAUGCCGUGGUGUCCUAGGCCCAAAGCCCAAGAAACCCGCACAUGAGGAGAAAUCCCUCGCGGCUUCAUUGGUGGCAGGAGCCAAGCGCAAGCUUCAGGAAGCUUUCGGCGGGCGCGGUGGAACAGCGGGUUCAUCGGGCUCGCCUAAGAAGCGGAAAAACGGCAACUCUGCGACUACCAAAGUGAUGAAUGCACUCGCUCAAACAACAGCAGCCCGUGCAAAGGCUGAACAGGAAGCAGUGACACAUGCAGCUCAACUCGCAUCACGUCAAAAUCGCGCUGCGAACAGGUCCAAAGUGCUAAAUCAAUCAAAACGAUCCGCAGGUCUCCGUAAAACCACAAUCCUGCAAGGGACUACUACGUCGACCGUCACAAAAUCAUCGCGACACGCUACCUUUAGCAUUCGCAAAGUUUCCAAACCAAGUACUCUGAACCCCGGCAAGCGUGUCGUCGGUAGCUCGACCCAACGCAUUGUUUCCAACGUACUCAAGAAAGGAGCCAAAAAGGGUCUUCCUCCUAACAAUAACAGCGCGAAAUCUGCGCAAACUCAAGAACGAGAUGAGACGCCCAAUCAAGAUGAGGAAGAGGAAGACAUUACAUCAGGAUCCGACAGCGAGUCGCCCAACAUUACGCCUGCAUCCCUUCGUAGCGCGCAUAGGAAACCGCAACAGCAGCGUCUGCUCAAACAGUCCAAGCUCCCCUUCCAGCCUUUGAAUCUAGCGUCAUCGGCAUCUAAAACGAAGAAGGACAUCAUGGAGAUUCCGGACAGCGAGCCCGAAGACGAAAUCGUCGAGCCCGAGGAAAGCGAUGAGCAAGCCGGCAACCAGGAUCUGGCCAAGAUAGCUGCCUCGAAGCUAAAGGGCAAGAAGAAGGCCAACGCGCCCGCUUCGAGGUCCCUGCACAAGACGGGUGCAGCAGUCACCAAGUCUGCGGCCAAGGCCCGCGCAAAGGGAAAGUCUACGAAGCACACUUGA